AUGCGAGUGCUGUUUCCCCUCUUCCUGUUCCACCUGUGGUCGUUGCCCAUGUGCUUUCCUGCCACACCCUGCCGGCAGGGACAGCUGAGGCUUUCAUACUCCCUACGUUUCACUCGGAGGAUUCUUGCCCACGUCCAAGACCUGCUGCCGCAGUAUAAAGAGCAGCAGCUGGGAGACCCGCAGUUUGAGGACCGAAGUCUGAAAAUGGAGAGCCUGCCCUCCAUCGCCAUUGAUUCCCUCCAGUGGCUGAGGAUGGAGGACUGGGAACGACUGAGCUCGGCAGCCAAAGACUUGCACACCUUCUGGGUUCACCUGGACAGGAAGAGGCGACAGAUAGAAGCUGAGACGAUGAGUCAUCCUCCGAAAAAGAGGAAGUCUCAAACAGGACAACAGAAGCCCUCUCUAACUCAGGCGAUGUUUGGGAUUCAAAGGGACCUCAAAGAUCUCAUGCGACAGGUCAACUCACAGCUGAGGUGCUUGAACAGCUCCGCCCUCCCCUACCCCGCAUCCAGCUCUGCCUCCUCAGUGGCCCCGCCCUCCACCACGCCUACCCUCGCCUGGCAGCUCUGGGCCAGUCGGCAGGAGGGCUACGUCAUCUUGCGAGACCUGGAUCGCUACCUGGGCAAGCUGGCCCGUGACUUCAUUCUCCUGACACAGUCCAGACGCAGGGGCAAGGCCUUCAGCUCACAGAUAUGA